AUGACAGCAACAAAAAACAACAGUAACUUUAUCAUUUCUGAUGAACAAGUUAUUGAUUCAUUAGCUGAGGAAUUAGUUGUGGCAGAAACUAAAACCCUCAACGAAAGAAUUGGUGAAAACAAGAUUGAUUUACAUAACUACCUCAAACACGAUGGAGGAAGAGGAAGGAAAACUGGUAUGGCUUUAUUAGUAAAUAAAAUUUCAAAUUUAACGAUUAUAGAUGUUGAUAUCAAUAAAUCAUACAAUGAUGAACUUAAAGAAACAGUUAGAAAAGAUAUUUUAUCAAAACUUUCGGAUAAAGAUGUUAUCGUUAAAACCGCUUCAGGAGGUCUUCAUAUUUAUUGCAACACUAAUUUCUUCUAUUCAGUUUCGAACAGAAUGAUUAAAUGUUAUUCCUGCAAUGAUUAUGAUAUCGAUAUCAUGACUUCUAUGGAUGAUUCAAAGCGUUCUUUAGUGGUUAUGGCUGAUUCAAGAGUUUGCAAGAAUGCAACAGAACCAAUCAAUACAUACUCAUUCAUUCGCGGAAGUUAUGACUCGACCAUAACCAGAACAGUAAACGAUAUAUUAAAUGAUUUGAAUAUUAAGGUAAGAGUUGAACAGAAGAACGAAGAAAUAAAGACUAUCAUGAAUGAAAACAAAGAUGUAAACAUUGACGAUAAACUUGCCCAGAGCAUAGUUGAUGGCAUCAGUGAUUUUGAAGUACAUAAUGACGGUGGAAACAUGAAUUUAGAAAAAGAAGUUACAUUAUUCACACUGUUUCAAGCAAUUAAUUCGUUACCGGAUCAUUUAAUUAAUGAAGCAUACGAUAACGUUUAUAACUUCUGCAGCUUAACUGAAAAUGCAAAAAGUAAUUUUGAAAAAGCACGUAGUAGAUAUGCACAUUUAAUGACUUCUCCAUUUGUUUUAGUGAAGAUUCUAAAACUUUAUCAAAAGGAAUAUUAUGAUGAAUAUGUUUUACCUUUAUUACGUAAGCCAAAAAUAACAUUUGAUAUCAAACUUGAUGACUCGUUUUUGAUAACAGAUAUUAGACGCAAGGCUGAAAAUCAUCAGUAUAAAAACAGUUCUGAA